AUGAAUCCUUAUCACGUCCUUCCCUACACCUGCUUAAGAUGGUUCUUCCUGACCAGUGGAGAAAAAUCAAAUGGCCUUCGCACAGCUAUUUCUGGUUUCCUUUUCUUCUCGAGCUUCAUUUUUUCUCGCUUUUUAAUGAACAUUCCCUACUACCUUAGCGCUCAUCACAUGCUUUAUGGCUCACCUGCGGCCCUAAAUCGACUUACUUCUAAAGUGCCGAAUGCUAUUACCUACUGGCUGAUAGCCACAAUAACAAAUGAUGUUCUCAACCUUAUAUGGCUCCCCAAAGUCUGUUUCAUCGGUUGGAAAUCAUUUUUCGCCCUCUUGCAUUCGCAGCAGCUUAAAAGCAAAAAGAAAGACCAGGUAGCCGAAUGUAACUGCUCGCAUGAAAAGGACAUUAAAACAGCUUAUAAGAUUUAUUAA